UGCUCCCUAAAUGCCAGCUGCCUUCUUCUCUCCCAGCACCUCUUCCAUGAACUUCAUCAACACCUCUGCCACCUGCUUCACUGUCCCCUCUGUCAUCGGUUCAACCGUCUUCUCUACUGUCUCUUCUAUAUCUCCUCCACCAUCUCUUCCAUCAUCUUUUCCACCAUCUUCUCUGCCACUCCCUCCACCAUCAUCUCUACUAUCUUCUCCCCCAUUUCCUCCACCACCUCCUUCACCAUGCCCAUCUCCUCCAUCAUUUUCCCCACUGUCUCUUCCAUAUCUCCUCCACCAACACCUCCACCAUGACCUCUGUUAUCACUUCCACCAUCAUCUCUGCCACCUCCUUCACCAUCUUCUCUGCCAACCCAUUAUCUCCUCCAUCAUUUCCAUAACCUCCACCUCCACUUCCACCAUCUCCUGUACCGUCUCUUCUACCAUCACCUCCACCAUCAUUUCUACCAUCUUCAUCAUCCCCUCUGCCAUCUGCUCCAUCGUCUUCUCCAUCGUCACUUCCACCAUGACCUCUGUCAUCAUUUUCACCAUCAUUUCUGCCACCUCCUCCACCAUCUUGUCCACCAUCUCCUCCACCAUCUUCUCAACCAUCACCUCCACCACCUCCUGCAUCAUCUCCUCUACCAUCACCUCUACUGUCUCCACCAUUGUCUCUACCACCUACUCUAUCAUCUCUCUCAUCACUUCUGCCAUCUCCUCCAUCACCUUCUCCAUUAUCAAUUUCACCACCAUCUCUACCAUCUCCCCCACUAUUUCUUCUACCAUCACCUCUACCAUCAUUUCUAUCAUCUCCACAAUCCCCUCUACCAACUGCUCCAUCAUCUUCUCUGCCACCUCCUCCACCAUCCCCUCUGCCAUUUCUGUAUGA